AUGGUAUCAUCUCAAGUUUUAAUAGUGUCUUCUGUUUCUUCAAGAUUAAUUAAGAAUGACAAUUUGAAAACAUAUUCCCUUCUAUGGAUCGAUAAUUUAGUCAAUUCGAAUGAGCUUCAUAACGUUCAACAGAAACUUUGCUUGGCUAUUGAUCAUUUAAGAGUAUUUGAAAAUGCUAUUGAAUGUAAAACUGAUAUUCGCCAAUCAAAAGAUGAUCAAAUUCUAUUAAUCGUCAAUGGACAACUGGGAUUUGCCAUUGUUCCUUUGAGUGAUACACCGAUACAAAUCAGUUCCAUAUAUGUCUGUUAUUUAAAUUUAAGUAGCCAUCAUGAAUUAGCAUUAAAAUUUACCAAGAUUCCGGCAACUGUUACAGAUUUAUAUGAACUAAUUGAGAAGAUCAAAAUGAAUCGAAAGAGUACAGACAAAUGGUUCAAUGAAAAUCUACUUAUCAAUGUAUGUAAUUCUGUUUCCAAUGAAGAACGUUCAUCAACAAAUAUCAAUGGUAGUUUUCUUCAUUUCCAACUUCUUAUUGAUGGUCUAUUACGUAAGCCAUAUGAUCAAACAAGUCGAAAUAAAUUUUUCGAUCUAUGCAAAAAAGAAUAUCAAGACAAUUACCAACAAUUAUCCAUAAUUAAAGAAUUCGAAGAAUUCUACGUUCCGGAACAAGCUCUCUAUUGGUAUUCAGGACAUGCAUUUCUCUAUGAAAUGCUCAAUAAAGCUCUACGAAGUCAAAAUAUUAACGUUUUAUUUCUAUAUCGGUUCUUUAUUCAAGAUUUAUAUAAACAACUAGAAAACUUACAAUGGCAACAAGAUCAAAAAUCAAUUCGUGUUUAUCGAGGUCAAUAUAUGUCAAGAGAAGAAUUACAUCUGUUGAAAGAAUCUAAAGGACAAUUUAUAUCGAUGAAUUCAUUUCUAUCAACAAGUCUUGAUCGAGAAAUAUCUCGUAUGUUCGUUUCACCUAAACAUGAAGAUCUUUGCAGUGUUCUAUUCGAAAUCGAUGUUGAUCCGUAUUUAUCUUAUGAAGCAAAGCCAUUUGCUAAUAUUAGUUCACAAAGUCAAUUCAAAGAUGAACAAGAAAUUCUAUUUAUGAUUGGAACCAUCUUUCGUCUUGUUAACAUUCGACAAGAGAACGAAAUUACUGUCAUUCAAAUGGAACUAUGUAAUGAAAAUUAUGAUGAUGAUAAUAUGAAGCUUCUUUUAGAACUUAUGCAAAUAAAAAAUGGUGAAUAUCAUGAAUGUUUUUCAUUUGGUCAUGUAUUGCGUAUAGCAAGAAUGUAUGAUUUAGCAGAACAAUUCUAUAAACGAAUGUUAAAUGAACUGGAAAACGAUCAUCCAUUGGUUGCCGAACUUUGGGGUAGUAUAGGACUUGUAAAAAGAGCAAAUGGAGAGAUAGAGAACAGUGCUCAAUGGCUAAGCAAAUCUUUGGAAAAGUAUGAACAAAUGGGAGAUCGUACAGGAAUUGCUAGAUGUCUACAAAAUCUGGCUCUUAUUCAUCAAAUGAAAGGAGAACUUAAUCAAGCCAUCGAUAAAUGUAGUCGAGCAUUGAAUAUCUUUCAUGAGCUGCCUGGUAAUCAAGAGAAGUCAAUUGCUCGUUGCUUUCUUAAUUUAGGUAAUACUUAUUUCGAGCAACACAAGCUCACUGAAGCGCUUCAAUUUUAUAUGAUUGCACUAGAUAUUCGAAUAAGAAUUUUACCAUACAUGCAUUCUGAUAUUGCAAGAACGAUUAACAAUAUAGGUAAUGCUUAUUUUCUAAAGGGCGAACAUGAUUGUGCCCUUCAGUCUUUUGAACAAGCGUUGGAUAUCUUUAAAAUAUCGUUGCCAUCCGAACAUCCUUCCAUUGCCACAACUUACUACAAUAUGGGUGUAUGUUACGCAUUCAAGUAUGACUAUCAACGAUCAUUAGUCUUUUUAAAUAGAGCGUAUUCGAUUCGUCGCAAUAUACUUUCACCGGAUCAUCCAAACGUCCAUCAAUGUGCCGAUACUAUCGAUUUUGUCAAACAAAAACAAUUCCAAGAAAAAUAG